AUGGCAGAAAGUACCUCCAAGUUAACCAACUUCAAGAUCUUGGUCUUCAAUGUUUACAGGACCCUUAUGCCUCUGUUAUCCCGCUAUCCUUCUGCAAAGUGGUCCUGUGCAGAUAUCCUGAAGGAAUUUGAGUCAGUGGAAAAGGAAAUCCAGAUUGUGCAGCUGGACCUUCUGUACACAGAUGUCCUGGCAAAAGCUCAUGAGGUCUUAGAGAAGCACCUAGAUAAUCUCUAUGGCAAGCCUAUCCCAGACAUCUCAGAUGUCUAUGUUGUAUUCAGCAAUUCCAUCAAGAACUGGUUCAUUUUUUCUGACAGUUCUGAAGCCCUCCAUAACCUUGCCAAAUACUACAAGCUUGUUGUCUUAUCCAAUGUUGAUCAUACCUCAUUCGCCCACACACACGCCAAACUCUCUACCGGUGAUCCGUCUGCAGUCUCAUCACCUUUGUAUGCCUGCCCCGAACCUAACCCAAAUGACUAUUGGUUUUCCCAGAAAACAGAGGGGUCUCAGUCCUCUUUUUCUCUCAUUCUGAUGGUGCAGGAUGUCCACAGUUACAAGCCUGCACUCCCUGGAUUUCUCACGGCCCUUGACAUCAUCCAGAAAGACCUUCUGGAUACUUCUACCCUGAAAGAUAUGAAGGAAAAGGUCCUGAGUAGCACAGAGUUUGUUUCAUGA